AUGUUAACAAUUGCAGCCUAUAAUUUCUGGUUUGCGUCUGCAACUACGACUCUUUCAUCUCUAACAAAAGAAAAAAAUUUAUUUGUUAGAUCAAAGCACUUUGAUUCAACUUAUUCUUUUCUUUCUCUAUCUCUUUCCACUCAUUUCUUUUUCUUGCAUUCAAUUUCUCAUUUUUUUUUAGUUCUGUCUUUUUUGAUCUUUUGCUUUUUUUUUUUAUUCGUUUCACUCCUUUUCUCUACUUUUCACUCUCCCUUUUCUCUUCUUUUCACUCUCCCUUUUCUCUUCUUUUCACUCUCUCUUUUCUCUUCUUUUCACUCUCCCUUUUCUCUUCCUUUCACUCUCCCUUUUCUCUUCUUUUCACUCUCCCUUUUCUCUUCUUUUCACUCUCCCUUUUCUCUUCCUUUCACUCUCCCUUUUCUCUUCCUUUCACUCUCCCUUUUCUCUUCCUUUCACUCUCUCUUUUCUCUUCCUUUCACUCUCCCUUUUCUCUUUUCACUCCCUUUUCUCUUCCUUUCACUCUCCUUUUUCUUUUCCUUUCACUCUCUUUUUCUCUUCCUUCUACUCUCUUUUCUCAGACUUUCACUCUCUAAUUUUUCUCUUUCUUUCUUUCUUUCUUUCACACUCUCUAUUUUCUGUAUCUCACACUUUAUAUUUUUCUUUUUCCUAUCUCUGCCUUUUUCUUUUAUAUUUUUUCUCUUUCUUUCUACUCUCUCCUAUUUCUUACUUCAUCUCUUCUUCUCUUCUUUUUUUUCUUUCUCCCUUUUCCUUCCCUUUUUUCUUUCUCCCUUUUCCUUCUUUUUUCUUUCUCCCUUUUCUUUCUAUCUUUCUUUUCUUUCUCCCUUUUCUUUCUUUCUUUUUCUUUCUCCCUUUUCUUUCUUUUUUUUUUCUUUCUCCCUUUUCUUUCUUUUUUUUUUUUUUUUUUCCUUUUUUUCUUUCUUUCUUUUUCUUUUCUCCUUUUCUUUCUUUUUUUUUUCUUUUUCCUUUUUUUUUUUUUUUUUCUUUCUCCUUUUCUUUCUUUUUUUUUUUUUCUUUCUCCCUUUUCUUUCUUUCUUUUUUUUUCUCUUUCUCCCUUUUCUUUCUUUCUUUCUCCUUUUCCAUUUCUGUCCCAUCUUACCCUCUCUUUUUUUAUUCCUACUCCUUCAGUCUAUGUCUAUGUUCUCUCUUUCUCCUAUUUACUGUCAACAUAACAACAAAUGA